GACAGUUUCUUCUCGAGUUCUCGUCUCUCACAUUCCAGCCACAUGCAUUCUUUCUAGUACUUCAUCACGAUCUCAACGUCGGUUCAACAAGAUGGACUACACAGGCCUCAAGCUUCACCACAGGCAGAUUCGACUCAUCACAUUGAGCCCUGUGCCUGUGGGCGAGGAUCCCGACACAGCACCAAUGCGAUGCACCAUGACAGUCCGCGACCAACCGCUUCCGACCAACAUGGAACAAAAAAACGGCUCUAGCUUUCCAUCGCCCUACAUCAGCUUUGAUCAGUGCAUAACCCAGCCGCCACUCGAAACUUUUGUUGAAGAAUUUCGCCAGGAGAUGGUUCCUCUCCUUGGAGCCUAUGAGAAGCGCAAGUCCUCCUGGGUCACCCGAGCGGCUAACAAGGUGCUCAGACACCUGUUUCACCGAGAACCCGUCCUAACAUUUCCGGUCGACAAUAUUGCAAACCUCCUUAGUCACGAGGACAGGCUCAGGCUUACGACCGACACUCGAGGCGACGGCGAACUCCGUAUCACGGGACCUGAAGUAGUCUUCCACAGCUUUGAAGACGCAGCAGGUUCUGCGGUCCAUAUUACAAGGCGGUCUCCGCGCAUUACCCAUACCGGGCUGCUUUCUCCGGACAGUCUCAACCCGUUUUUGCGCCCACGGGAUCAGAGCCACGCGUCGUACAUGAAGAACCUUGAGCGCGCUAUCAAGCCGGACACCUAUGUGGCCAUGUCCUAUGCCUGGGGACCUCCCAAGCCCACGGCUCAGAUAAUGGUGAACGGCAAGAAUGUCCCGGUGCGUGCCAAUCUUGAAGCCGGUCUGCGGGAGUUUCGAAAGCUGGACUAUUUCCGCUUGGGCGGCAAGCUGUGGGUCGACUCGUUAUGUAUCAACCAAGCGGACGAAUCCGAAAAGGAAAAGCAAGUGCAAAUUAUGGCUUCUAUUUACAGCCAUGCUGCCAACGUCAUUGUCUGGCUGGGACUUGAGGAACCAGGAAGCGAUCUCGCCAUCCAGUUUCUCGAGGACAUCAGUGCCGACUACCGGGCCGAGUAUCUCGAAGUGCUCGAUAAGAGCGACCCCCUUACAGCAACUACGUGGCGCACUAUGGCCCAAAUCCGCAUGGACACGAGGUACAUCAACUUCAGAAAGAACUCGUUGAAGGAGCUCGGCGACAGCAAGAUAUUCGCCUACUUUGAGGACAUUGCUGCUUCACUCUACGACUUUUUCAACCGGCCUUACUGGCGGCGACUAUGGAUUAUCCAGGAGCUCUGCAUGGGACGAGCAGGCAUGCCCAUCGUUUGCGGGUCCCGAAUCACGCAGUGGCGGUAUAUUCGGGAUGGCGCCUUGAGAUGUACCGCCAUUCUCGACAUCCUCAGAGAGGUCACAGGGGAGAACAUCCGGUGCCAACGACUGAUCGCUGAAGGAAAAGAACACUCACUUCUGCACGUUGCGCAAAUCGCCCAACUAGAGAUCGCGGGCCACAGGUCAGAGCUGCCUAAGUUGCCGCCCAACAUCGUGCCGAUCUUGGCUCCUAAUCUUCAUGAGCAUGGGCCCCUAUUGGGCUCUCCCAUCCGCCGCGCCAUCACACUCACGGCACAGACCAUGUGCUCGGUGCAGCAUGACCGCAUCUACGGCAUGCUUAACAUCCGCGGCUUGCCGGACCUGGAUAUCAAGGUCGAUUACUCCAAGGACAUUGUCACUGUCUUCACCGAGUUCUCGGAGGCUUGCAUAAAGCACGGGAGCAUGGAUUUCUUUUCUCUACUGGACGGCGGCUUUAUGUCGCUCACUGAUAUACAUGGCAAUCAACAGCAGAGAGAGAAACCGUCCUGGGUUCCGGAUUAUGGAGCGAAGCCCGAGAGAAGGAUCGGGAUCAUUGACGGAAACUGGCAUGCCGGGGGAUAUGUCCACAUCAGCUGGGGCCGCCCCGAGAUAGUCGAUCGAACCCUUGUCUGCACCGGCAAAGUGGUCGACAUGAUUGAUGGAGUGGGCGCUAUGUCCAGGGCUGAUAUCCAAUCCGGGACGAUGAUCCUCACUGAGGCGGAUCCCUUGCCUAGGAUAGUGCAACCUACCGGGGCAGGUGCCAUGGCGACUCGGGACGACGGUGGAGAGGACGUAAUCUACGAUGUUCUCGUUGGCGGAUGCGACAUCAACGGUGCAGAGGCACCCAAGUCAUUCAAAUGCCUUUACUCCGCAUUUCCAGUCGAUGAACCGCCCAAACACUCGACCUUCUACCGGAACUGGCACUUUCUCAAGUCCAGCGCAAACUUCUUAGUCAAUGGCCGCCCUCUGUCCACUUACUUCACCCACCUUGCCGAUGCUCCGGCAGCCGGCAACCCCGCAUGCCAACAGCAGGAGUGCACACCCUCUGCCCAGAGCGGCAACGCUGAACGACACACAGGUCCGAUCGAAACGUCUGCAGCUCGCCAAGCGAUGGAGGCAAGAACAAAGAUGCGCAGACUCGUCAUGACAACCUCGGGGUUGCUCGGUCUUGCUCCGGCCCAGACACAGUCCGGGGACGCCGUGAUUGCCAUCAUCGGCCACGGCAAGCCAGUCAUCGCGCGCAAGGUAACAACGAUUGAGGGUCAGGAUGUAUGGUAUUUGAUUGGAGAAACAUACAUCCACGGCAUGAUGCGCGCUGAGAAAAUGCCCAUGUCAACGAAAGAGUGGCAUGCCCGGGAAACGAUGGCGACCCUGGGACAAGUUGGGCCCAUCCCUUUUGUUUAAUGUCUCCAGUAUACAACAAUAUUAUGGGUCGAAUUGCUAUCACUUGAGUAGUCCGCCGGGCCCAAACACGAAGGGCCAUAUGAGAGCUUGCAUGUUUGUAUGAGGAGGAGGAGUCAUGUAGGAUAUGAAGAAGGAGUAGCUCCACGAUGUCCAUUCUGUCUAGACAUUUUCUUUGUAGACGUUGCAGUAUAUCACUGUCCCAAGAA